AAUGUAGUGGCAAAUUUAACUCGCAUGCGUAUCGGUGACUCGGUGAGGUUUAUAGAGCCUGUCAUAUAUAUAUACUUGUAUAUGUGUGGGCAGAUGAAUAAAGAUCAGUCUUAUAACAAGCUUAUGUGUGUUACUUAUUCCUCUGUCACAAUACAUAUUUUACAGAGCCUAUUAGCUAAUGAGGGGAAAUAAAUUUAUUCCACUGGCAACUUCAAUAUUCACUUUUCGACUUUUCGUUUUGAUUUGACACUUGACAGCUAGUUUUGCGAUUGAAGCGAACUAGAUUGCUCGUCAUGAUCACGAUAAAUAAUAAUCGUUUUUAGUGAAACCUCUGUUUGUAAUUAUGAGCAAUUGAAAGUUUUGAUAACGGUGACCUACAUCACGGAAACUUUAGUGGUUUAAGAAAUUUACUAGUGAUUGAUACAGUACCUAUAAGUGUAUUGGAAGCCCUUAGGAAAGGCUAUAAUAGCAAAUAUGGAUAAUCUUAGGUUAUAUUUUGUGACAUGGAAUGUGGCCACAAAGGCUCCCUCACAAGACAUCAAUGCAUUACUGGACUUCCCGUCUCAGUUCAACAAGAACAAACCAUUGCCGGACUUUUACAUUCUAGGCCUGCAAGAAGUAAAAUCCCAGCCCCAAAACAUGGUCAUGGACUCUCUAUUCACUGAUCCAUGGACGUCAGUCUUCAACAAAGUUCUGUGCCGACAGGAAUAUGUUAUAGCCAAGUCCAUAAGACUUCAGGGCUUGUUGCUGCUGGUGUACACGCAGUUAAAGCAUAUCACUCAUCUGAGGGAUAUAGAGGCGCAGUAUACUAAGACUGGGUUGGGGGGCAUGUGGGGCAACAAAGGCGCAAUCAGCAUACGCUUCAACAUCUACGGCUGCUCCGUCUGCUUCGUGAACUGCCAUUUAACAGCACACGAGCAUUUACUAGCAGACAGGGUGAAUGACUACAACACCAUAAUAAAAUAUCAUAACUACCAUGUUAAGGAGACUUCUAAUAUUUUGUAUCAUGACUAUGUAUUCUGGAUAGGCGACUUAAACUUCCGCACAGACCACCCCACCGGCAGCAGUCCAACGUCAGAAGAAAUCGUCACAUUACUGAAGAAAGUUGAGAAAGACGUGUACACAAAUGUGCUAAGGCACGACCAGUUGUUAGCUGUGAUGGAGAGUGAGGAAGCCUUUGCUGAGUUUAGUGAGCCUGAGAUCAAAUUCCCACCUACAUAUAAGUUUAAUAUGGGGACUGACGAGUAUGAUAUCAAACGGAAACCUUCUUGGACAGACAGGAUACUAUACAAAGUGAUCGCCAACAACUAUGAGAACAUCACACUUCGCGCGGAUCUCAUAUCGUAUAACCACGUGCCGUUCUACACGCUGAGCGACCACAAACCUGUUGUAGCGCAGUUUAAUAUUAAGGUCAGUCAUACAUACAAACAGCAACAUUCUAACUGUCCAUCGGUGGACCUUAUGCCUUUUGUACGCAUGUGGGCGAUGGUAUAUACAACUACGAGAAUAACACGUCGCGCGGAUCUCAUAUCGUAUAACGUGCCGUUCUACACGCUGAGCGACCACAAACCUGUUGUAGCGCAGUUUAAUAUUAAGAUUCGACACGGCUUCAUUCGUUCGCUGAUCGAACGCGGAUCGCCCAAACCAUCAAGCAUUCGCAUGAGGUCCGCCGUUAUGGCCCCUAUGACGCAGACAAUAGAGGACAAUGUUGAAACGACGGUAACUGAUGGGCUGGACGCAGCGAGUGCUGAUGCUGGUCUUUGUGACUCCAACGAGACAUUCUCAAACUACACGGAGAAGACGAUAAAGUUCGUGCUGAACAACCAGAAAUGGUACAUCGGGGACUCCGAGUACAGGAUGGAGUGUAUCCUGUCCCAGGACGUCGAGAUUCAUCCCAACGACUGGAUUGGCAUUUAUGAUGCAACCUUCCACAACCUGGACGACUACAUAGCCUACGAAUACAUGGCCAAAGUGCACCGACCAGAGAUCCAGCCCGUGCACGUAGCCCCGGGCACCAGGGUGGUGAUCCUGAGCUUCCCGGUGGGCAGCGGCGUGAGGAUACCCGGCUUCUACCGGUUCAUAUACUUCAGCCAACCGAAUAGUGAUGUCAGGAGCGUUCUAGGCGUCUCAACCCCCUUUGAAGCCAGCUUCAAAACCGAGGACCCCCAAUGGGCGUCCAGCAGCACCAUCCCCACCCCGAAACCCACCUCCGCCACCACGGACGUGUUCACAGACUUCACGGGCCUCGACGUUGCGAAUCUGUCGCGGCACUUCUCGCACGACUUGAGUAUCGACUGACUAAAGAGCUAUUUGCCUGGUUCGCCGGCAAAUGGGAGGAGGAGGCCUUAAGGUUUGGUGUAAAGUCACAAAUUUUAGGUCCAUAUAGGCUCGGUUCCUAUUUUUAGGAUUCCUAUCAAUUUAUAUAUUUACUAUAGGGGAAAUUGGGGCAAUUGGGAACGGCGGGUAAACAGUGAGAUAUACAAUACAAUACAAAUCCUCUUUAUUGCACAACCUCUGAAAAAAUGUACACAAAAUGUAAAUGUAAACAGUGAGAUAUAUAGUACUUCUAAUUGCACAAAAAAUCUUGAGUAUGUUUAACAGAAACAAAGAUGUCUUCAUGUUCCUAAGUGACUAAGAUUCGGAAGCUGUGGAAGAAGGAAUUGGUCAAAAUUAAUCGAACAAAAUAUUUUCAACUUUUUUUAUAAUUUUAUCAUACACCAUGUAGUUGAAGACUCCAAAUUUUCUUAAUAUCGUGUCUUUGGUAUCUGGUUUCAAACCCAGUUUUCCAGUUUCAACUUCAGUGUUUAAAUUUCCUCUUUUUUCAUCUUUUUAGUGCGUUUGAAGUUAAGUGUUCCCAAUUCCCCCACUUCCCCCUAGUUGUUUGUUUUAAUCGAUGUGAUAUGGUAACUUGUCGACGAAACCCCGCUUUGCGGGGCCUCUAGGUAGACCUUUUCUUUUUCAAAUACUGAACCUACAGAAAAUAUUUAUACAAUUAUCGAACAUGCUCAGCAAAAUUUUACUAGAAUCGUAAAGGAGAACAUCAUGAUAGACAACCGGACUGGCAUACAAAAGCCUUUUUAAGCUAAAGCGCUGGAAACAGACCUUCGCUUCGCUCGGUCAGUAAGAUCAAUGAGUAAUCAUAAGUAAACAGUGUUUUUUUUUUAAAUUGCGAGCUACAAGUGGGUAUAUUCAAUUAAUCUAAGCCAAUGUGGACCUAACUUUAGGUAUAAAAGUAACUGUAAUAUAGGGAGAUUAUAAAAUGUUAAUAGACCACAAUUUAAAUAAUAGCUUAAAUUACCAGGUUAUUUCAUGCAAUUAAUUCAAGUAGUACUAUGGAAGUAUGGAAAAACUUGAUUAUUGACCUUUUCACAUUUAUUACGCCAUUGGCAUUAUAUUGAUUUACAAAAUAUAGUUAUUUGUGCAACAAGAGAGGUAAGUUAGUUUUUCUUGCGAGUGUUGAUUUUGAGUCCCGACUAUACCCCGGGGUUUUCGGUGCGGGAAUGUUGUACACUAGCCAAAAAACAGGUUACAACUAUAAAAACCAAUACUAUUUUAAUAUUUCUAAGCGCAUUUGAAGCUUACCUUCUAUUUUUAAUUCAUAGUUUGGUUAUUAUUUUACAAUAGACAAAGUUAUAAAUACAAGAAAACAUUCCCGCACCGAAAACCCCGGGGUAUGGUCCCGACUAAGUGAAAGAUUCUAAGUUAGAAUCUUGAGCGUAGCGAGGGACUCAAAAACACGAGAUGUAAAAUAACUUUGCCCUCGUGUGACACAUGCAACUUUUCAACUCAGUAGUGAGAACAUGUUAAAGGUAAAAAAAAAAUCAACAGCGAGGUGAAUAUACAGGGUGUAUAUUUGGUCACCUGAAUAUAUACUGAGCAACUUUUACUAUAGGACCAACCCCGAAAUCGCGAAAAAAUUGUCUGUUUCAUAAAUUUUGCAUGUAUGACCUUGAAAUUUCCUAUGAGAGGCUAAUUUUUUUUGCGAUUUCGGGAUUGGUCCCAUAAUAAAAGUUGCUUCGCCUACAUAUAGAUCAUAUGGGCGUCAAUAGACUACGGUGACUGCUUACCAUCAGGUGGGCAGUAUGCUUGUUUGACACCGUCGUGGUAUUAAAAAAAAAUCUGUCCCAUAGAAAAAAUAGACAUGAAGCGAAUUUCUUUUCGUGACUUUUAAGUUGAUCCCAUAGUGAAAGUUGUUCAGUAUCUCCUACAUCUUCAACACACAUAAUGGAUAAGGUUUAAUAUCACCAUAAUGAACAAAAGUAUGUUAAGUACCUCAGAUCAACAGCAAUUUAUGUUUAUGUAAAUGUAAAUAUAAGAAGUAAAUAAGCAAAUUCCAUGGCUUUUAGACAAUAAUUAGAAACAAUUGUACAUCAUAAAAAUAUUUAUACCUAUAGUACAUGCAUAACACUAAUGUAUGUAGGCAAGUAGCGAAUUAUUACUGGAAUUGAUUAAUUAAUAUAAAGAAGUUGGGUAUUUAAAUCAACCCUUAUACACAAUUUAAGUACAUACAUUUUAGCUGCAUAGAAUAUAUUUCACUAGUAGAUUCCAAUAGAGGGUCGGUUUAUAAUUUAUAAUAUUAUAUUUAGUUGUAAAUAUUGUAUUCGAGUUGAAAAAGUACAUGACAUAUUUAUUUGUAAUAAAAUAUAGAAUGCGGUUAUCAUUAGUCGAGUUCAAAAUUGUUUGUAAAUACGUUUGGCGUAACACGAGGAAAUCGAAAGAUUAUAAUCAUACAUCGGGAUUUUUGGUGCGGCAAUGUUUUACUAUAGCCAAAAAACAGGUAAAAACUGUAAAAACCGAUACUAUUUUAAUAUUUCUAAUCGCAUUUGAAGCUUACUGUCUAUUUUAAUUCAUAGUUUGGUAAUUAUUUUACAAUAUACAAAGUUAUAAAUACACGACUACAUUCCCGCACCAAAAACCCCCGAUGUAUGAUUAUAACUGUGUAUUCCUCAUUACAUUAGAACCUUAAAGGGUCGGCAACGCGCAUGUAACACCUCUGGAGUUGCAGGCGUCCAUAGGCUACGGUGACUGCUUACCAUCAGGCGGGCCGUAUGCUUGCUUGCCACCGUCGUGGUAUAAAAAAAAGUCAUAUAAACUUAACUGGAUAUCGCCUAGUGUCAGAGUUAAUACCAAAUAAAAUAGUACAUUACGAUACAAGUGCGAAAAAUAGGAAAUUCGAAACGAGUGGCGAUAAAUUAAAACACGACCGAAGGGAGUGUUUUAAAUCCACACGAGUUGCGAAUUACCUAUUUGCACAUGUAUCGUACAACGUUUUACAGUACAUAUGGCUCUUUAAAGUUUCGACAUAGUUACAUAAUGUGCUACUUUACGCACUAGUGCGGAAAAGUAGCACCAUAUGUACUGUAAAAACAUCUUAUAGUAACUUAGUGCAAAACGCCUUUUUGAUGGCGAUGAUACCAUUAAGGGGCCUAGUCCAAAUAUCCUUAUUGAUAGAUGUCAAAAACUGACAAUCUUUGCAAGAACUAGGCUUUACAAAAAAAAAAAUGGUAAAAAUCCAGUAUCAUUGCCAGUUAACAUUAACUGUUUAUGUAAAACAACAAAUUUGAACAAAAAAACAAAAAAAAAUAUUUUUGGCAAAAUGUACUUAAAUUUAUAUAACAUUUUUUCGUUCUUUCGGCCUCAGAAGUGCAUGGUUAUAAUGGUUUCUCGUGUUACACCGUGUAUAAUAAUUGUUAUUAGCGCUAGUAUAUCAAAUUAUAUCACUUAAUUACUGUGGUCCUAGUGAAAAAGGGUACAAGUCUCUGGCAGCGCAGGUGUAAGGGGUGUAAGUUCCACGUAACACUUAUGCCCUUAUACACCUAAACUGCCAGAGACUUGUACCCUUUUUCACUAGGGCCACAGUAUUAUACAUGCAUUAUGCAAUAAUAUUCUUUCCAAUAUAUGACAUUUCAUAUCUAUUAUAAAAUAUUCAUUGUUUAUAAAUGUGUUAAAAGUCUACAAUUCGUGCUUCAAAUUUGACAGCCCAAGUAUAUGGCGAUGUAGGUGUUUGACGACCGGUCUGAGGGUCUACCGCAAACCACGUUCGACGUGUUGCCUCCCUGUCACGCUUACGUAUGAAUUUACAAGUGCGACAGAGAGGCAACACGUCGAACGUGGUUCGCGGUAGGCCCUCUGGCCUAGUGGGUAGUGACCCUGCCUAUGAAGCCGAUGGUCCCGGGUUCAAAUCCUGGUAAGGCCAUUUUUUUGUGUGACGAACACGAAUAUUUGUUCCUGAGUCAUGGGUGUUUUCUAUGUAUUUAAGAAUUUAUAAAUAUUUAUAUAUUAUGUAUUUUGUUGUCUAAGUACCCACAACACAAGCCUUAUUGAGCUUACCGUGGGACUUGGGCUCCGUAUCUUAUACAUAGAUCUACAAUGACUCUUAUGUGUGCAAAAGGGAAGCCAUCACGUAUAUGAACAUUUCAUGAGUGCAAAAGAGAAAGAUUAAAAAUUAAAAAUCGUGACCACAUUUGACCUUCAUAACGGCCGCUAACGGCCGCUUGAAUGAACCAAAAUAUAACGUACUGGAAAAUCUGACUCUACACGAUCUUUACGGCUACCACGAGUUGGCAUGUGACAUUUACGUUAGCGACUGUGUGAGCUCGAUCGCAUUCCCUCCCUAUCGCACCAAUACAUGAGUGCGAGCGAGAUGGACUGUGAUCAGUAUACGCAGUGGCUAACGUAAACGUCAAGUGUCAACUUAUGGUACGGCUACUUUUUGUCAAUGGCUUGUGGUUCAGUUUCAUUUGUCGAAAGGGCCCGCGUGCGGGGUGCGGGAGAUUUCCAUAAAGCAUGCCAUAGGGCCCGCAUUCGGGGAACUGUUAUCAUUGGUCGAUAGGGCCCGCAUGCGGGUGCGGGAGAUUUCCAAAACACAUGCCAUUAUGAGUUUCACUAGUCGUUAUGCCACCUUAUCGCCUGCGGGGAGUCCCCGGACGCUUUAUAUCAACCGAGUUAUGGACUAAUGAAACUGGGCCAUUUGAGACGUGUAAAUACUCGUAUAUAGUUCGUGUCAUCCACGAUGACGCGCAAAUUUAUCAAAACUAACCUUUAAUAGCAUGAAAUUACGAGUCAAGGCACGCGUCUUCUUGAAUGACAAGAUGUAUAUGUUUGUAAUGUUGGCAUGUAAAUAUGUUUGUGAUUCGACUGUAUAAUCAAAAAAUGUUGUGUGAUUUUAAUAGAGAGGUAAAGUCCAAGUAAAAAACGUGCCCCUUAGUUUGAUAUUCAACACAGAUGGCGCUGUUCUACGCCAUAUGUUUUGCGGUCACUGAAUUGUCAAACGUCAACUUUUGACAAUUAGAGUUACCGCAAAAUUUAUGGAGGUUGUCGUUGAGAUUCAAGAUGGCGAAGACGUCUCGAGAAUAUUUUUUUUGUGUUUUGCUCAUUUAUGUUGUUCAAAGUGUAGUAUUGAUAGCUUAUUAUGCAGUGAACUAUCGUGGAAGUGUGAAAUUAAUGAUAAACUAAUCUUGAAACGCGUUUAACCAUGUUUUAAUCAACAUCCGGCAAUCCAUCGUGGCUUUUAGUAGAGUCCAGCUAUCUCUUUACUAAAAGCAACUACCGAACAACGUCAUGCUCUACGAGCACACUUACAACGAAACUUGACAUUGGCAAAAUCAUCAUACAUUUAAUGGAAGCCAUAUUUGUUUCCCAAUAAAUAAAUAAAAAGAAGAAAAUGUAUGGAGUUGUACAGCGCCAUCUCGUUUACCUGUCCAAUUCGAAGCACGAAAUUGUCUUAGAUUAGAUUAUACUUACUCAAUCGAUGUAUCUUUCCUAUUAUUAAGUACCUGGCUGGGCUAAACUUAUGUAAUAAUGUGAUAUAAAUAUAUAAUUUAUAAAACUAUACAAAAAAAAAUGCAUAAUACACUGUAUAGCAAUGUAACAAUUAGUUACUAUUUGUGUGGAUAUCUUCUUAUGUAAGUAAAAGUAAUAAUAGAAUCAUUUGCUACGAAUACCUAAAUGCAAAUUACUUUAUUAUUACCUAUCCUAUCAGAAUGUGUAUAAACCAACAUACACAUGUAUUUAAUUAUAUUGAUUUACACACAUAUCAUAAAUCCUCUAUGAUAUGAUGCGUUCAAAAACCGCCGGAAACUAUUUUUUUUACAACAAAUUCCUUAUCUUAUCUGUGAAACUUAUCUUAUCUGUAAAACAUUGUUAUGGCAGGUGUCCGGACGUCUUUGCAAUAACCCAGUCUCAUUGUCCUCCCAAACUUCAAUCCGUAGACCGUUAUACUGUUCACUUUACUACAAUAGUCCCAAUGCCUGUUGCGACCGGUUCAUGGGUGUCUAUUGUUGCGCCCGUGAACGGGUUCCAGCAGGCGUUCUACAUGACAUUAAAGCUCUCCAAGAGGCCUCUACGUGUUGGAUCUAUAUCCCCACGCAAGCCUAUCAAAAGACCGGGAUUUAUAGGCCCGCGAAAUCCAAGGAGAUACAAUAAUGUCGAUAUCAAUUUACCAAUGACAUUCAAAUUUAACCUAAGAAAAUUGAUUUUACUUAAUUCCUAGUAUAAAUCGAGAUUACGUUUUAUUGACUGUGUGGUCAAUUGCCGCAAUGACGGUCAUAACAUGCGGUUCCUGAACACAAUACAGAGAAUAUAGAGAGCUUAUAAUAUUUGUGUAGAUAAAUCAGUGUAUGUAACUGUACAUACUUAUAAAACUCGUGUGAUGUUUUUACGAAACUCGCUUUCAACUCGUUUCAUAAAGCCACACUCGUAUUUUAUUCAAUGCUUUCAUCAUGUAGGUAGUAUACAUUUAAAUAUAUAAUUUCUAAUAAUAAUAGUUGACAUCGAUACUGUGUCUAUAUCCUGACAUCCUAAUCUGUGAUUGUUUUUGAAAUUUAUAAAUUAAUUUUGAAAAUUAAUAUUUUUUGUUGACUUUAUUGUGUACCAUAUUAUAAUUGUAUUUUCUGCCCUCCGGGCGGAAAGCGUCAUCUUUGUUCCCGCUGCGCUAAACGAAGUUGCCGCUUUCCGCCUCCGUCGAGCAGAAAAAUAGUAUGCGCACCACGGGAGGAAUCGUAGGACAUUCCAUCCCGCGUGUUUGCGACAAUUUUACACGCUGCCGCGUGCUACUUUUCCUCCCUUGGGACACAAAUAACUAUUGCAUGCAUUUAAGAAUGUUCUAUUGCAAAAAAUAAAGUGAUUAAGUCACAUAAACUACUAUUAGCAAUCUUUUUUCCUGACAAGUAGAUUUACUGGUUAAAUAAACAAAUUAAAUAAUAGUAUCGUUACAGUGAAACACUUAAUUUUUUUAACCUUAACUUAUUAUUAUUAUUUAUUAUUAUUUUAUUUGAUACACUAGCAGCUCUUGGAGCUGAUGCGUGUAUAUCGCAGCACUUGUGUUUAUUUAGCACUUUUUAUGUGAUUGUUUUCUUAGUCAUCCAACACGAUGAAUAUCUUCAAAACGAAGCCAUUACCUAUUUUAUUAUUUAUACACACAUUCAUAAAACUUUCAUGUACUUAUACAAUAUUUCCCUACUACUAAGUAACCAGACUGUAAGUUAUGGAGGAGCGGGGCAUCCUGAUACAGGUUCAUUCACCUAAAAGGAAGUUCCAACCACUUAUGCCAAAUUGUAAACCUUUACUUCAUAAGGAAAUAAAUAUUUUUCAUUUUCAUUUUUUUCACACAGUGUCCCCGAAUAAUCUGAAAGAAAUAGAUUUAUUUGGUCUAUAGAGUUAUAUAUAGUCCUCCUGAUCGUUUUCGAUGACGGCGACUGUCUAGCGUGAGCCCUAAUGUGGCCGGCCAGGCGGAACUUGCUCUUAAAUACUCUAUUGCACGCGUGACAAAAAAGUUGGCCAGCUGCGUUGAACGUGUACACGAAGGAGGGCUUAGGUCUUUUUCCGUAACUGGCGUUUUAUGUCUAGACUAAUGAGGCGGUAAGGCGGUCUAUAAAGUUAAUGGGGACCACAAUGUAUUGUAACAUACCAUCGUAUCUAUCGCUUUAAAAAUCUUACUUUAAAUAUUAGGGGCUCAAAAUCAAAACUACGACAAUAAUGAAUUCUUAAUUAAUAUUUUUAACACGGGCAAUGAGUUAAUUGAAUGCCAAAAUUUUACCGUUCCCUUAGUUAAAUCUCUCUAUUAGUUGUUAUAUUUCACUAAAUAUUUUAAUUGCACUUCCUUUUGCUUAGUAAUUUUAUCAGAUGAUAAGAAAAGCUGUCAAAAACUACAACAAAAAUAUGUCCGCGAUAAGAUAUUAUAUUACAAAUGCUCAAACAAUGGCUAUUAUAUUUCUUAUUCUAUUAUUGUACAGGCUGUUUUUUUAAUCCCUGCAAUAUUUUACGGUGAGACAUUGGUCGAAAACGCAAAAAAACCGGACAAGUGCGAGUCGGACUCGCCCACCGAGGGUUCCGUACUUUUUAGUAUUUAUUGUUUCCGCGGCAACAGUCUAGCUAUCACAGUUCAUGAGAUACAGCCUGCUGACAGACGGACAGACUGACGGACGGACAGCGGAGUCUUAGUAAUAGGGUCCCGUUUUACCCAUUGGGUACGGAACCCUAGAAAUGGCUCUCCCAUAGAAGGCAUCAACAUCUGACCAGCCAGAAUUUAUGAAACAGCCAAUUUUUUGGUGAUUUCGGGGUUGGUUUUACAGUAAAAGUUGCUCAGUACGACCUAUAUAUUCACAUCGCAAAUUAUUGCUGGCAGUACAAAAACACCCUGUAUAUCUUCUGCUAUUAUAUUAUUUUAUAGUACAUAUGGUGCUUCUUUACCGCACUAGUGCGAUAAUUAGUACAUUACGUAACUAUGUGGAAAAUUUUAAGGACCAUAUGUACUGUAAAACGUACGAUACAUGUGUGAAUAGGUAUCGCAACUCGUGUCGAUUUAAAACACUCCCUUUGCUCGUGUUUUUAUUUAUCGCCACUCGUUUAAAAUUUUCUAUUUUUCGGACUUGUAUCGUAAUGUACUAUUUACCUUACACUCAGUAAAACCAUCAGUCAAUCAUGAAAUCGAUAAUUCAUUUUGAAUACUUACAAUUAUAAUUAAAGAUACUCGUGCGACUGAAUUACUUACGAAUUACGUACGACCUUUUCAUUUUGACGUAAGGAAACUAUUUAAACCUAAUAAGGAAUAAGGGUGUCAGAAAUUAUGCAAUAUUGAACCCUAUCAUUUUAAAAUAAAGUUCAAAAUCAGGUGGUAAAUAUAUUCCCUUGGCCUUAUAGAAAGAAACUUAACAUUCACAUUCAGCACGAUGAAUAGGUAUACUUAGGGGUUCAGGAAUAAACAUAAGGGUUCCUUUUGUACCUUUUUGGUACGGAACCCUAUAAAUACCAAUUACGUUUUUUCCGAAACAUGAAACAAAGAAAAAUCUCCAUACAAACCGUACCCGAAAAUGCGUCACAAAAUUGACGUUUUUUUCGAUACUUUUUUUCUUUUUAAAUCGAUAGUUUUCGCGAUUCUGAGUGGAAAAAACCCAAAAGUUGGUGGUUUUUGGAACAAAAGUAAAUGGUACACUUAGCUGAAAAUGCCCAUCUACUUUCAGAAACUAAGUAAUAAUGUAAAAAUAUGUGAUAAGAAUAUCGAUACGGACAAAGUGCCGAAAAUAUGUAUACACUACCUUAACUUAUGAGCAAUAAGAUCGUGUAUACAUAUUUUUGGCACUUUUUCCGUAUGGAUAUUUUCAGACGCGACUACGUGCGACGUUUAUAAUACUUUUCGGCCAAGUGCUAUAAUGGGUCAUUGUUACAUUUUAUCGCUUAUGUUAAAACUUUACAACUUUUAAGUGCUUGAAAGCCUUGAUUUGUGUUUUGGCCUCAAAAGUUUAGGCUGUUGGUCCAUUAGUAGGAAAUAUGGACUUGCUUUGCCAUUGUAAACCUUAUGGGAUAUAAUCAUAAAAGCGGACUAUGAAAAAUUACUAUAACAGGAUACCAAAAAAUUACUUAGAAAUUCAAAACGCGAUUAAAAUAAGCGAUUAUAUCAUGGACAGGGAUGUUUGGAAAUGAUAUCGUCCUGCAUUAGCAAUCUAGUGCAUCAAAUUUCUAUAAGAAAGUACAGUCAACCAAUUUGAAUCCUAGGCCACUAUAGAACCUUGUCGCUUUAACUACUAUAUACUUGACACGCAUCACUCAAAAAGCACUGUCGUAGAAUUCAUUAUGGCAUGGUUCUAUAGUGGCCUAGGAAUCAAAUUGGUUGACUGUACCUAAUAACUGUUAUUUCAUGUUUUUUUUUAAAUUCUAUAUUAAUUUAAAUUGUAUUAUUUUUAUUUAAUGCAUGCAGUUAUGAGACGUAAUGUUUUGAAAAGUUGUGUCCCGCCGAGUUUCUUGCCGGUCCAUAUUGGGAUACCCUCCUCCAAUUUAGGAGGGAUUUGAAUCUUCUCGGGUCAGAGGUGUAGGGUUAGAGCCGGCGUAGCUUUAUUUGACGUUCAUAAGCGCAUUGUAAUAUGCCUACUUGAAUAAUAAACUUUAUCUUUUAUGACUUAUAAUUUUAUAUUUAUAUCUUUGGGAUUAAAAUAGGUUUAUAUACGUUCGUAUUAAAAUGAAAAUGCUAUUGGCUAAUUUACUAACCGAUACUAUAUCGAAAAUAACAUCAAAAUGAUAGAUCAGUUGGCCAAAUUGUGGCCGUACUGUCUAUUUAAUUAAAAAUGACUAGGAAAUGGUUGCAUGAUGAAAAUGACGAAAAUUCUACCUAAUGUCACAAACUAUCCUGGUUUUACGUCGCUAAGGAUAAUAAUGUAUACUUAAAUAAACUAUAGGUACUGCUUUUCUACCUAGAAUGUUGUAGAUAAGUCGGACUGAAUUAGAAGUUUACUUUUGUAGAAUAAUAAGUAUGUACACCUAUUUUAACAAAUUAUACAUAUAUCUUAAAAUAUGCAUUCCGAACCAUCAACCUUUGUAUGCAAAAAUGACAUGAAUUUAAAUUUCAAGAAAUAAUCUUAAAAUCAACCAAUCAAUGAACUAGAAUUCUUCAUUACUAGUAAUAGGUACCUAGUAAUAUUGCGACCAAUUCAGUAGAAUGGAGAUACAUGUUAAGGUUAAUUGGAAGAGAUCCCUGAAAGGGAUAAGUUCGCCUUUGUACAAAUGAUGUGUGUUCUUUCCUGUUAUGUUUCUUUUUGAACAAUAAAGUGUUCUACUACUACUAAGUACAUGUAAAAUAUAUACUAUAUCAAUAUACUUUUAAAUACACCGUGGGACUGAACCCAACCAACUUUAACCAUAGACUCCGAUAUAACGUAAUGAAAAGUUCAAGUUAAACACCUUAACGUUUGUUUUUGUGGUCAGCUUUUCGCUGCCAGUCGUCAAUUUUGGUCGGGUUAUUCGAGCCCACCCUGUAUAUUUUUGCCACAACCCGAAAAGUGUGUUACCUCGACAGAUUCUUGCCAAAAUUUAUGCAAUACUUAUGUACAAAUAUUAUCAUUAUAUCAUAAACAUUCUAACCCCCUUAUUCAUAAAACUUUACAAGCCUCAAUUAGUUGAUUUACCCAUGUUUUAUCACUUCUUAUUAAUACACAAGUCAAGACAAACGACGCUUUCCAGAAAGAUUUUCGUUCAUUGACUGCCUCCUGAGGGCCUACCGCGAACCACGUUCGACGUGUUGCCUCCCUGUCACACUUACGUACGAAUUUACAAGUGCGACAGAGAGGCAACACGUCGAACGUGGUUCGCGGUAAGCCCUCUGCUAUCUCUAUUGCACGCGCAUAAUUAUAUCGCUGUCCCGCCCAUGAUGCCAGUUGUCAAUGUCACUGUGCGAGCUUGACAGAAAUGCAGGGUGACAAACCCUGAAAUCCCACGUAGGGUUACUUCUCAGGAAUGCUCUGACGUUAAUAUUUUUUAAAUUAGAACAAAAGAUAAAAAGAAUAUUUUUUUUCGAACAAAAGUUAUUUGCAAUAAUCGUCAACAAAAAGAAACAUCCUGUGUUAAUCUUUAGCAGAGUUUUUGACAAUUUGUUCGAAAUAUUUGAUAAUGAUGACAUUUUUCAAAAGUCAGAAGCUUAUUAGUGUCAUAAAUAAAAACAAUCAAAAAGGUCGAAGAAGAUUACAUAGGUACUAUUCUUUUAGGAGCUAUUAACACAUACAGGUGCUCCAAAGUAAAAUAUGGUAAUUUGUUAAUUUCUUCGAAACCGCUACACCGGUUGUUAUGUUACUUUGUACACUGGUUUUAAAUACCCUAAUGCAUAUGUACAUCUCGGCUUUGUCCAAUGGCUAGGGACACACUGUAUAAACAUGCUUGUGCAAUAGAGAUAGCAUUAGGCGGGUCAAUGAACAAAAAUCUAUCUAGAAAAGCGUCUCUUUAUCGCGUCUAUGAAUAAUGAAUAGACGUUUCAUUUACGUGAUUAGGAAUUCAUAAAAAUCCUUAAAAUUUUUAAAUAAGACCUUUUUAUAAAUGCCUAAGUAUUAUAAGAAGACUAAAGGUAUAGGCCUGUCAGUUAGAACAAAAACUUGACAGUUCAGAACUGACAGGCCGAUAUCGUCCGUUAGACAUAGUUAGUUAGUUAGACAUAGUGAAGAGACUUUUUGUAGAAGUUGUGUAUUUUGAUAAAUAUUUCAAAAUUAAAAUUAAUACGAAUGUAUUUUUAUUGUUGUUUUGGUAAUCGGUUGUUUCAUUGAUAAUCCGUUAACAAAUUAAAAUGUGUGUAUCAGGCCUAACUGUGUAGGUACUAUGACGGGAAUUAGAUAAUUUAAAUAAUUAAAAAUAAGUACAUAAUUGUCUAUUAUGAUACAGUUCGCACACUAGAUUCAAUUAGAGAAAGUAUUUUGCAGGUUUUCAUACAUAUACACCGUGUUUUUAUUGAAUUCCGUUAACUCCGGGGUAUGGGUAAGUCCGUUUAAGGAAACUAAAUGGCAUUG